AUGACAAGUGACAGUGGUGCAUUGAGUACUUCAUCUGUUUCUUCAACAAUAGUUGAUACAAAUAAUAUUAAUAAUACAGUUAAUACAAGACAACAACAAUUAAAUAAUAAUAAUACUAAUCCAUAUGGAUCAUCACAAAGAUUAGCACAUUCACAUCAUCCACGUGUUCAUCAUCCUCAUAAUAUUCAUCAUCAUAAUAAUAAUAAUAUACGUAAAGUUAUGAGUCAAUUAAGUAUUAAUAGUCAACAACAACAACAACAACAAUAUAAUAGUAAUGAACAAUUAUCAUCUCUAUAUAGUAUUGAUAAUAAUAAUAUUAUUAACAUGUCUUCUAAUAAUAAUUUAAAUAAUUUGAAUAAUAAUAAUUUGAAUAAUAAUAGAAUUCAUUCAGCACAAUCAUUUAGUUCACUUUCAUCUUAUUAUAGAGAUGAUGAACAUCCACAACAACGUCAUAAUGGUAAAAAUAAUGUUCAUUUUGAUACUAAUGAAGAUGAUGAACAAGGACAUUAUCAUGGUCAUCAUCAUGAACAUGAAUUAGAUGAUAAUCAUCAUCAUCAUAUUAUUGAUCAUCACCAUGACCAUCAUCACCAUCAUCAUCAUGAAGAUGAUCAUUGUGCUCAUACUACUACCAAUAAUAAUAAUACUAUUAAAAGUAGUAAUACUUGUUGUGGUGGUGAAGAAAAUCCAAUUAUUGUUGCUAUAUUUGGUAAUAUAUUAGGUACAAUAUUAAUGUCAGCAAUAUUAUCAGGUAGUUAUGUAUGGUAUGAUAAUCAAAGUGUUAUUCAAUUUUUAAGUUCAACAACUAAACAUAAAAUUCAUACAUUUGAAGAGAGAGGUGUUAAUGGAUGGUUUAGUUGUUUAUUAAGUGGAAUGGUUGCUAAUUUCAUGAUUGGUGUUGCUACUUUAUUAUGUUCUUCUGGUACUACUAUUAUUGGUAAAAUUAUUGCUUUAUUCUUUCCAAUUAUAGCAUUUGCUGCAUUAGGUGUACAACAUGCACCUGCUAAUGUUGGUUAUUUUUCUCAUAUUUUCAUUUGGGAUUCUUUAUAUGGUUCAACUAGUAAUAUUACAAUGACAAGUGAAAUUAAUUUUGUAAUGAAUGAAAUUCAAUGGUAUGAAUCUAUUUAUUGGAAUUUAAUUCCAGCUGCACUUGGUAAUGCUUUGGGUGCUGUCUUUUUAGCUUUUAUAUUUGUUUUUAUUUUUGAAUCUAAGGAUGAUAAUAAUUUAAUCAUUUCUUCAUUCUCAGUUGGAAGUGUAACUUCGAGUGGUGAUAAGAAAUCAUUCACAUUCACUAACGUUGCUGGAAAUGUUGGCACUCAAACAUUUACCUAUGUAAGCUAA